AAGUGGGUGAAAUCCCAAAUUGGAGAAGAAGAAGAGAGUGAGAGUGGAGGAGGGAGGUGGUGAUAGAGAUACUCAGAGGAGAAAAUCAUGGGUGUGGACUACUACAAGGUACUGCAGGUGGACCGCUCCGCCAAAGACGACGACCUCAAGAAAGCCUACCGCAAACUCGCUAUGAAAUGGCAUCCCGACAAAAACCCUAAUAACAAAAAAGAAGCAGAAGCCAAGUUCAAGCAAAUCUCCGAAGCCUACGACGUAUUAAGUGAUCAACAAAAGAGGGCGGUUUAUGAUCAGUUUGGCGAGGAAGGUCUCAAGGGGCAGGUUCCGCCGCCCGGCGCCGGAGGUUUUUCCGCCGGUAGGGAUGGAGGUGGCAGCACCACAUUUCGGUUCAAUCCACGCAGUGCUGAUGACAUAUUUUCUGAAUUUUUUGGAUUUACUAGCCCUUUUGGAGGGAUGGGAGAUAUGGGCGGAGGGUCCAGAGCGGGUGCAUCAGGUUUUUCCAGGAGUAUGUUCGGGGAUGAUAUUUUUGCUUCUCUUAGAAAUGCUGCUGCAAGUGGGGAAGGGGGUUCGGGUGGUGUGCCACGAAAGGCGGCUGCUAUUGAACGGAUGUUACCGUGUAGUUUGGAGGAUUUGUAUAAAGGGACUACCAAGAAGAUGAAGAUAUCACGUGAUGUUACCGAUGCCAGUGGGAGACCCUCUACUACGGAGGAGAUUCUUACGAUCGAAAUAAAGCCAGGGUGGAAGAAGGGAACAAAGAUAACAUUUCCUGAGAAGGGAAAUGAACAACGAGGUGUGAUCCCCUCUGACUUAGUCUUCAUUAUUGAUGAAAAGCCUCACACAGUCUUCAAAAGGGAUGGCAACGAUCUAAUUGCUACCCAAAAGAUUUCAUUGGUCGAAGCUCUGACUGGCUAUACUGCACAAGUGAGUACACUUGACGGACGAAAUCUAACGAUAUCCGUUAAUAACAUUGUUAGUCCCACCUAUGAAGAAGUUGUUAAAGGAGAAGGUAUGCCCAUCCCAAAGGAACCUGGCAAAAAGGGUAAUAUGAGAAUCAAGUUCAACAUUAAGUUUCCUAGCAGGCUUACUUCCGAGCAAAAAUCUGGGAUUAAGCGGUUGUUAACAUCUUCAUGAACAUUAGUGGAUGAAGACACCGUACUCUUCGUGUAAGCUUGUGCUGUUUUUUUUCUUGGUUUGUCUUAUUCCGCAGGGGCUGGAAAUUGAUUAAUGCCGGAUUUCUUUUUUUCCUUUUUCAAACAGUUGUUUAGGUUUCCCUCAAUUUUUUUAGAUGUUUAUUUAUCCAAACAUUUUGUUUUUUUGAAAUUUAUUUUAAUCUUUUUUUCUUUUUGUGGUCUGUGCUGUUAAACAGAUGAGCUUUUCAUUAACAAGUUUAUAGAUUCUUCUUGGUGGCCGUAGGAUUUUGUUUUUGGAAGUAGCGGGCAAUGAAUUGUGGUCGUUGAUGAGAGUUGGUUGUCGGUUUCAUGGAGUAGUUUAACUUUAUUAUAUGAUGGCGUUGGGCAAAGUUAUUGUUGCCCAACAGUUUUUGUGACCAUUUUAUUCAUUCUUUUGUUAGACAGUUGUUAUAACUCACAAUAAAAGUGACCUCAAAAAA